AUGCCACCCACCAAGCUGCUCUGUCCGUUUCAGUCCCCAGGCACAGCACAACAUGAAGAUCCUGCUGAGCUGCAAGCAAAGUGCUCCCCCAAGGCCUCCCCCCCCCCGCCCCUCAACCUGCACCCCUUCCAAAGAGCCCCCCACAGCUCCACCAUGGAGGCUGCCUUGCCUGGAGCCGCUGGCUGGAUUGUGCGCUCCCUUAUCGCAAUAGGAAAAGCCAAUUCAGGAGGAGAAUUUCCUCUCUCCAGAGAGGCUCCCGGCUGCUCCAUUGUCCACUGGCCCUCGCUGCUGCUGCUGCUGCUGCCGGGAGGCACUGGCCGGGACAUCCAUCUCCGCUGUGCGACUGGAGGGGCCUCUUAUCAGCCCGGUCUCCCAGGAGGGCAUCCGGCAGGGAUCAGUGGGCUUCUCGCCCGCCCAGCUGCUGUGGGUGCAGAGGAGGAGGAGGAGGAGGAGGAGGAAGGGAGCGGACCUCCAAAAAGAGCCCUGCAGCAGCAGGAUGGGGCCAAGCAGGACCUCAUCCAGUCCAGCCUCCAGUUACAGUGUCCAGGCAGACGCUCCCAAGGGGAAAAGCCCAGAACUGGAGCACAACAGGCUGCGAUGGCGACUCCCAGAAGCCGGUCCACAUUGGCACAUCGUGGAAGGAGCACAGAGUCAUCAUGGUAG